AUGAAGGAAGAUAAGAGUGAAGGGAUGAGAGAAGACAUGGGGAUCACAAAACGAAGAAAUGGAAGACUCAAAUUGGGUUCUCCUCAGGUCAACAAUGCUUGGCUGGGCUUGUUAUGUGCGAGGCCACCGGUGGAUACAAGUGUUGAGGAGGACCAAAUGGGUCUAGCUCGAUGGGCAAAAAGAUGCAUGAAAAAAGGAACCCUUGACCAGAGCAUUGAUCCCUCUAUAAGAGGACAAAUAUCACCAAGCUGUCUAAAGGUGUUCACAGAAGUUGCUAACAAAUGUUUACGUAAUCGUCCAGAAGGAAGGCCCACAAUGACUGAAGUGGCGGGGAGCCUCAAGCUUGGAUUGGCAUCACAAGGCAAUAUCCAUAUACCUCAACACAAGGGAAUAAUAACCAAUGUGUUUUUUACUACUGCACAUGUAGUGGCUAAAGGUAUUGAUAUUGGGUGGAGGAAGUGGAAGAACUGGGGUCCUAAGAAUGGGGUGUCAAGGCAGUUGUGGAGGGAUCUGGUUGAGGAUGGUGUCAUUCAAUCAUUCCGUCGUUUCUCUCUGGAGGAGAUUCGAGUAGUCACAAAUAAUUUUCAUGAGCUUCUGGUGAUUGGGCAGUCUGUUGACACCAAAGUGUAUAGAGGCCAUAUCAACCACGGGAAUAUUGUGGUGGCAAUUAAAAGAUGGAAAGAAGGAACAUCAAGAGAGAGGAACUUGGACCAAUUUAGGGUUGAGCUCCAAGUGCACUCCUAUCUCCAUCACCCCCACAUUGUUUCUUUAAUUGGAUACUGCAUCGAUAAGCAUGAAGUGAUCGUUGUGUAUGAGUAUAUGGUCCAUGGGCCUCUCUCCAAUCACCUCAAUGAAACCAACACGUAUACACUAAACUGGGAAAAGCGACUUGAGAUUUGCAUUGGUGUUGCACAAGGACUACAAUACCUCCAUGCGGGUACAAGGCAAACAAUCAUUCAUCAGGACCUGAAUCCAAGCUAUAUUAUGUUGGAUGAGAAUUGGAAUGCAAAAGUACUAUACGAGGCUGUAUCAAGUACAUACACUGUGGGAUAUAUGGAUCCAGAAUACCUUGGCAAUGCAAAAUUUACUAUAAAAUCUGAUGUGUACUCAUUCGGCGUCAUCUUACUUGAACUAUUGUGUGGUAGGAAGCCAAUGAUCUAUUCAAGGGACGAGGAACAAGUGAAUUUAGUUCGUUGGUUCAAAACUAAUAUCGAAAUGCGUACUAUUGAUCAGAUCAUUGAUCCGUAUCUAACCAACAAAAUAGCACCAGAAUGUUUGAAAAAAUAUGUCAAGAUUGCAGAAAAUUGUGUGUGUGAUGAGGGGAUUGAGCGUCCAUCGAUGGAUGAUGUGUUGGGUAACCUCCGGUAUGCACUGCAAUUGCAAGAGACUUGGCGGAAUUGUAAUGAACAGUUCGGUACAGUUAAGUCCCCUGAGGCCGUUCCUCGUUAG